CUGAGGGCGGUCAGUGCGAGCGCUGGGAGUCGCGGGGCCGGCGCCGGCGCUGGCGGCGCCGCCGGAGGAGAGGGUGCUGCCCUAGCAUGCGGGGAGAUGAGGCUCAAGCCCGGUAGCAUCGUGACAUUUCUGUGCCUCAGCGCCGCCUUCUCCUUUGUCUGCUUCACCGCCUGGAGCAGGAGCGGAGGAAGUGGCUUAGACAUGUACCAAAGCCAGUUUUUGGAACUUCAUCAAAGAUUGUUAUAUGCCGAAAAAGAAAAUAAAAAAAGAUCCCAUGAGUUGAGCAUUGUCCUGGAUGCAAUUAAGCGGGUAGUAGCAGAGAGACUGAACUCUACAGCAAAUCGUACAGAUGCUAUGAAGUGGAAAGUGUUAAAUCUCACCAGCAAACUCCCUUUGCAUCUUACAAACAUACACUAUUACCUACCUCACCUCCGGGAGCAUGAAAACAGCCUUUACCCAAAUGUUGUCAUUGGACAAGGGAGAACUGGAGUCUCCCUGGUGAUGGGUAUUCCUACUGUGAAAAGGGGAAAACAAAGUUAUCUGCUGGGCACGUUGAACUCUCUCUUCUAUGAGAUGACUGCAGAGCAGAAGAAUGAUUGUGUAGUGGUUAUCUUUGUAGCAGAGGUGAAUUUAGAGUAUGUCAACAGUAUUGCAGAAAGUGUUAAAACCGGCUUCCCUAAUGAAGUGCAGUCAGGCGUUAUUGAGGUUAUUUCCCCUCUUGCUUCCUAUUACCCAGACCUCUCCAAUCUCAAGGAAACAUUUGGUGACUCAAAAGAAAGAGUAAGGUGGAGAACUAAACAGAAUUUGGAUUAUAGCUUUUUAAUGCUAUAUGCACAACCUAAGGGAAAAUUUUAUUUACAGCUAGAAGAUGAUAUUGUGGCAAAACCUCAGUACAUUGAGAAAAUAAAAAACUUUGCUCUUGAACAGCCCUCUGAUGAGUGGAUGAUUCUUGAAUUCUCUCAGCUUGGAUUUAUUGGAAAGUUGUUUAGAACUAAAGAUUUACCACUCAUAGUAGAAUUCUUUCUAAUGUUCUACAAAGACAAGCCCAUAGACUGGCUUCUAGACCACUUACUCUGGGUUAAAGUAUGCAGUCCAGAAAAGGAUCCAAAACACUGUGAAGGGCAAAAGGCCUAUGUGCGUAUCCGUUCUAAGCCAUCUCUCUUUCAGCAUGUGGGAAUUCAUUCAUCUUUGGCUGGGAAAAUACAGAAUUUAAAAGAUAAAGAUUUUGGCAAAAACAUGCUACAUAAAGCACAUGUUAACCCCCCUGCAAAAGUGACUACUAGCCUAAGAAUAUUCCAGCAUUAUACUUUGGAAAAAGCUUAUGAAGGAAUGGACUGUUUUUGGGCUUUUUCUCCAGUGGCUGGAGAUUAUAUCUUAUUCACUUUUUUACAGCCAUUGAAAGUAGAUGGGUACCUCUUUAGAAGUGGAAACAUGGAACACCCUGGUGAUAAACUGUUUAACACUACUGUAGAAGUUUGGCCUACUGCUGAAACAGAAUUAUUAAAAGAUGCAGUAGACCAUGGAGACAAAGUUAACUACCAAACAACCGAAGAUGGAUAUUUAAAGAUAGGUACAUUUGAUAAUGGAAUAGCAGAAGGCAUCAUCAGUCCAUUAGUAGGAAAAAUACAGGCUAUUCGUUUAUCUAUCCAUUCUGAUUCUCCUGUGUGGGCAUUACUGAGUGAGAUAUUGAUCAAGACUUCCUGAAAAUACAAAACCCCAGAAAAGUCACUUGUGCUGAGUCUUUCCUUAAGGAUUGCUUUGAAAGCCAGGCCACCUAGUGGUAGCAACAAAUGGUCUGCUGGG